GCCCGCCUUACCCCAGGAAACGCCUCCUCACCGCAGUGACCACAUCCCCUUUGUUGCCUGGAAAACAAAUACGCAGGGGGCAGAGGAGUUGGGGUGCAGUUGCCCAGCAACAGGUGGAGCCCUCCCUUCCGCCCUAGUGGAGGCCAGGCCUCUCUGCGCCUUUCAGCUGCCCGCCCUGCGCCCUCCUGCGCCCUCCGGCCUGCGCUGCUGCGAGAGCAGCUCUGGGAGGAAGAGGAGCCCAGGACUGACCCCAGAUGCCUCCGACCCCGGAGCAGCCUGUUGGGCAUGUGGAGGGCCCCCCAGCGUCGGAAGCGGCCCCCUGGCCCCCGCUACCCUGCGGGCCCUGCGUCCCCAUCAUGCUGGGCCUGGCCUCGCUGGCCGCGUUCUUCGUGGUGACCACGGCCGUGCUGGCGGAGCGCCUGUUCCGCCGCGCGCUCCGCCCGGACCCCGGCCGCGGCGCGCCCACGCUGGUCUGGCGGCCCGGAGGGGAGCUGUGGAUCGAGCCCAUGGGCACCCCGCGGGAGCGCUCCGAGGACUGGUACAGCGCCGCCGUGCCCCUGCUGACCGACCGGGCCCUGGACCCUCCCACCCCCGGUGGCACUCUGGAGGCCCGAGCCACCGCCCCGCCAGCCCCCUCUGCCCCACACUCCGCUCCCAGCUCCCCGGGUCCCCAGACCCCUCCCAGCUCCCUGGGCCCCCAGACCCCUCCAGAGGUCCCAGCCCGAAGCACCUUCUGGGGGCCCCAGCCCUGGGAGGGGAGGCCCCCCGCCGUGGGCCUGGCAAGCUGGGCGGAGCCCGAGCAGAGGCCGGAGCAGAGGCUGGAGCCCAGCGUGCAGUUUGGGAGCCCUCCGCCCCGGAGGCUACGGCCUGGGAGCCCUGAGCCCGACUGGGGCCUCCAGCCUCGGGUCACCCUGGAGCAGAUCUCAGCUUUCUGGAGGCGUGAAGGCCGCACCAGCGUGGGGUUCUGAAUCCCCAGGCCCUGGAAGACUGGCCUCCCAGAGACUCCUGAGGAAGGGCCUGCCGCAGAGCGACUGUGAGACCCAGGGCUCCAGCAUCUGGGCCUAUGCUGAGGCUGCCCCAGGGAAGAUGGCCCUCUUUUAAGUCUGGGUUUCGAUUCCCCUGGGUGCCAGCUGAGCCGCGGGCAGGCUGAGUGUGCACAGAGCCCCACUGCAGGGCGCUCAGCGCUGCCUCUGCUCAGCUGCCGGCUGCGGCAGAGAACUGGAGGCUGGGCUGACUUUGGGCCAGAAGCCUCCAAGAUCGCAUCCGGAUUAAGAACUGAAGGUACCAGACAAGCAGGAAACAGCAUCAACCCAGCCACUUCCGCCUUCCUACAGUGUUUACCUAAGACGCCAAGGUCAGUCUUGCAAAUGCCUUGGUGCAGUGAUGGCAAGUGUCAGUCUGUGUUAGCAGGAGAUGGCAGGACUUCAGCUUCCCAGAGCCACAGAUCUUAUCCCUCCUCAGCCACUCACUCGUCCACCCUCAGGUCCUCCAGGAAAAUACACAAAGAGAAGACAACCAGGCAGAAGAGCGUUUUAUUACAAAAGAACUGUGGUUUUGACACCCAAGUGGCAACCAGGAACUUGCUGAGCCAAGCUGGAGCAGCCCUCUCUUGCCUGGACUUGGGACCUAGGGUCAGAGAAGACCCAUGGGCUCCUCUGCACAUCCUCUUCUUAAUGGGGUAAAAAAUCCAAACUCUAUAAAGUAAUUUUAAAGAGA